AGACGAUUCCCGCUCUUCCGGAAGCUGCUCUUUACCUUCCCUCUUGAAUUUGAGCUCUGUAAUCUAGGGUUUCAACUGAAAUUAGGGUUUCAAAUCCCACCAUGGAAGCACAGAGACAUCAUAAAGCUCCACCUGAAAGUGAAAGAGAGAGUGGUGGAUCGAGCUAUUCGGAUUCCUUGGGUUCAUCCUCUGAAGAAGAGACAGGCAGGCCAAGCCAAUUGAUCAAUGAACCACAUGCCAGAUGGACAGCAGCCUAUGAUAUUGCACUUGCAAAUGCCAUGGUACAGCAAGUUCUCCAAGGAAAGACAACAAAGAAUGGUUUUAGCAAAAAAGCUUGGGCUGUAAUACGGACAGAUUUUAACAGAAAGACAGGUUGUUAUUACACACAGCAGCAAAUUCGAAACCGCAAGGGAGUUUUGAAAAUGCAAUAUAAAAAUGUGAAGCAGUUGUUGGGGCAUCCUGGGUUUAAGUGGGAUGAAACCCGACAUAUGGUCAUAGCUGAGGAUGAUGUGUGGGAUGACUACCUGAAGGCAAACCCAGAAGCUGAGAAAUUCAAAACUCUGCGCUUUCCUGCGUAUGAUCAGCUCAGCAUCAUAUCUGGAGAUGUUGGUGCUAAGCUUAGAUUAGCCAAGUCAUCUCAACAUCCAUCUUUGGAAGCCAGUACUCCUGAUGACACACAGCAAUCUGCUCAAGAACAAGCUGAUACUAAUGAACCUGUGGGCCCACUGCUGGCAGUGCAAGACAAGGACUCUGCUUAUUUAGCUAGCAAUGCAGAUAUCAUUCAAAGAUGUAAUAAACGUCAGUCAAUGACACCAUCUGGUUUAAGCCACCGGAGGAGGAAGGAAUCCAACUCCAAUGAUUUAGCAGAAGCAUUUUUUGAAUGUGCUGAUGCUUUAAGAUGUAAGACACAUGCUUCAGCACCAUCUGGUGAUCCGUAUGCCAUGAGCAAGUGCGUCACAGAAUUAGAGUCAAUCAAAGGCAUAACUGAUGAGGAUGUUUUUGGAGCAAUUGACGUGUUUAGGGACCCACUCCUAAGAGAAGCAUUUAUGACAAUGCAACCACAGCGGCGCUUGAGAUGGAUAAGAACUCGAUUAAACAUGGUACCAUAAGAUUCUUGAGUGCCUUCACUGGUAGGUUGUUUGGUUUUUUUUUUUUCCCCCCCUCAACUCUACUUGUUUCUUUCAUGCUUGCUUACCCCACUGCUGGGUCAUUUAUAUCAUUUUGUAGCUUAAGAUUUGAUCAGAUGUACAUGUAGAUUUUAAUUUUAGUAAUGAUGCCAUGGUGGACACUUGGCAAUAUUUAAUCUGGGGAAAAUCUUAUUUUAUAUAUUUAAUGUGGUUCUAUCGUUGCAACUUUGAAGUUGAA